GUGUACAGGAUUUUUCACCACUGCUUCGAAGCACUUAAUUAAUAACAAGUGUUGGAUAAAUAAUUUAAUAUCGGCCAUUGUUAUUUCAUUAGUCAAUCUUACAACUUAAUUUCAUCUCCAUGGCUAGAACAAGGUCGGCUGUAGCUGCGGCUGCCUCUAAAGCAGCCUCUACUCAAAAACAUGAAAAGUCUGACUUUCUUAAUUUUGAUCCUAAUGUAGAUGUAAUUUAUGAAAAGGGUUCAGUACGUCCAUAUUUAAUUACAACCAGUACCAAAGAAUUAGUUGAAAAACGUCUGAAAUUUAAUAUUAAAGAAUAUUAUAUUUUAGCAGCUUUAGUAAUAUUUUCUUGUUAUAUAAGAUUAUAUGGUUUAACUUAUCCUGAUUCUGUUGUAUUUGAUGAAGUUCAUUUUGGUGGGUUUGCAAAGAAAUAUAUUUUAGGUACUUAUUUUGUUGAUGUUCAUCCUCCUUUAGCUAAAUUAUUAAUUGCUGCUUCUGCCGCAAUUGGAGGUUUUAAAGGUGAUUUUGAUUUUAAAACAAUUGGUGAUAAAUAUCCUUCAACAACUCCUUACCUUUUAAUGAGACAAUUACCGGCUUUAUUAGGUAUUGGUACAAUUAUUUUAAGUUAUUUUACUUUAAGACAUUCUGGGGUUAGACCAUUUAUUGCCUUUGCUACCACAUUUUUAUUAAUUAUUGAAAAUUCAAAUGUAACAAUUUCAAGAUAUAUUUUAUUAGAUUCUCCAUUACUUUUCUUUAUUGCUGCAACAAUUUAUGGUUGGAAAAAAUUUGAAAUUCAAAUUCCAUUUACUUUAAAUUGGUAUAAAACUUUAUUUUCAACUUCUAUUGCUUUAGGUUUAGCAUUAAGUUCAAAAUGGGUUGGAUUAUUUACUGUAGCUUGGGUAGGAAUUUUAUCUGCUUAUCAAUUAUGGUUUUUAAUUGGAGAUUUAUCAAUUUCAACUAAAAAAAUUUGGGGUCAUGCCGUAGCAAGAGGUUCAUUUUUAUUAGGAAUUCCAAUUAUUUUAUAUAUUAUAUUUUUUGCAAUUCAUUUUCAAUUAUUAUAUAAAGAAAGUGAUGGAUCAGCAUUUAUGUCAAGUGCUUUUAGAGCUGGUUUACAAGGUAAUCAUGUUCCAACUAAUAUUGAAGCCAAUGUUGGAUUAGGAUCAAUUGUAACCCUUCGUCAUGUAUCAACUCAAGGAGGUUAUUUACAUUCUCAUGAUCAUUUUUAUCCAACCGGUUCAAAACAACAACAAAUUACUUUAUAUCCUCAUUUAGAUAGUAAUAAUAAAUGGUUUAUUGAACCUUAUCAAAAUACAACUAUUUAUAAUGAAACUUUUGUACCAUUAAAAGAUGGAUCAAAAGUUAGAUUUAGACAUGUUAAUACUGGUAGAAGAUUACAUUCUCAUGAUGAAAAACCUCCAGUUAGUGAAAGAGAUUGGCAAAAGGAAGUUUCAUGUUAUGGAUUUGAAGGAUUUGGAGGUGAUGCUAAUGAUGAUUGGAUUGUUGAAAUUGUAUCACAUAAAACUCCAAAAAAUUCAAGAACAAAUGUUAAAGCUUUAACAACCAUUUUUAAAUUAAGACAUGCCAUGUCAGGAAAUUAUUUAUUUUCAACCGAAACUAAAUUACCAGAAUGGGGAUUUAAACAACAAGAAGUUACUGCUGCAGGUCAAGGUAAAAGACAUUUACUUGAAUGGUAUAUUGAAACCAAUGAAAAUCCUUAUUUAACUAAAGGUCAACGAGAAAUUGUUAAUUAUAAAAAAUUAUCAUUAUUUGAAAAAAUUAUUCAAGUUCAUAAAAGAAUGUGGAAAAUUAAUCAAGGAUUAACUGAACAUCAUAAUUGGCAAUCAAAUCCUCAAGAUUGGCCAUUUUUAUUAAGAGGUAUUAAUUAUUGGGCUAAAGAAUCUAAACAAGUUUAUCUUCUUGGUAAUGCCCCAAUUUGGUAUGCUACUACUACUGCAAUCUUUACCUUUAUAAUUUAUACUAUAGUUCAAAUUAUUAAAUGGCAUUUAGGUCAAGAAAUUGCCAAAGAUAAAGAUGUUUUUAAUUUUAAUCAUCAAGUAUUUACUUAUAUUUUAGGAUGGUUCCUUCAUUAUUUCCCAUUCUUUAUUAUGGGUAGACAAUUGUUUUUACAUCAUUAUUUACCAUCAUUAUAUUUUGGAAUUUUAGUAUUAGGACACUUUUUUGAUAUUCUUGUGGGAUAUUUAUUAUCAAAAUCAGUCACUUUACAAAAGACUGGUUAUGGAUUAGUUACACUUUUCCUUAUUGGUAGUAGUUUAUUCUAUUUAAAUUAUUCUCCAUUAAUUUAUGGAACUCCAUGGACAAAAGGUCAAUGUCUUCAAUCUAAAUUUGGAUCUUGGGAUUUUGAUUGUAAUGUAUUCCAUGGAACUAUUGGAGAAUAUUAUUCAUCACCAGUAAUUGAAUCUCCAAAGGAAACUCACGUACCCCUUUUUGAAGAAAUUGAAAAAGUUAAAGAAACUCCAAUUGUGGUUCAUCAAAAUGUCGCAGUUAAAGAUGAACAUCAAUCAGAAGUUGCUCCACCUAAACAAGAUACUGAACAAGAAAUUCAUGAUGAAGAUGAAAAACCUGUAGUUCCACCUCCAUUAGCUAAUUCUGAAGUUGAAACUCCCAAGGCUAAUGGUGGUGUACCAGAAGUAGUACCAGAAGUUGAAGUUGCUGAUGAAGAGACUCCUAUCGCUGAAGUUAAAGCUGAUGGAAAGGAAAAGGUUCAACAACAUUAUGAGGUUGAAGAGCCAGUUGCACAACAAGAACAAGAACCACAACAAGAGCAAGAGCAAGAGCAAGAGCAAGAAGAACCAGUAGUGGCUGAAGCUGUUUAGGUCUUACAAUAUAUACAUUUAUAUUAUCU